AUGGCAGGUAAGAUGUACGUGUCUAAAGGCUACUCGACCAACACCUAUAUUCCAGACCUACAUGUUGGUUAUGAUCAUGGACCAAAAGUCCCUAUGAACGACUACGUUCAUUCCCCAAACAUGUCGAGUAGUUCAAGCUCAUCCAAAUUCAACAAUGGAGGAAGCUGGACCAUAAACAGUAGCAAUUUUUUAGAGGAAGCCUACUCAGGAUUGGGUGCAACACAUCGUCAUCAUCUUACAACUUUGACUGAUAAUAUCAAAGAACCCUCGGGUUUUCAAGAUUCUGUGAAUCAUUCUCCAUUGUUGGACCUACAUCAAAGAGAGGUUCUCGAUGAACUUUCCACCCGUGCACAAUUACUAGAGACAGAAAAGCGAUAUGGACGACCUACAUUUGUUGCUAAACCUAAUGACAUAUACAAGAAGCGCUAUCGGUGGUUAUGA